GUUCGUUCGCGCGUGUUUCUUCCCGCGUAAGUGUAUCAUGUGUGAGAAACGUGGUAUGUGCACGGGUAAACGACAGGUGCCUCUUCUGGUAGUGACUACGUUGUUAGUUGGCGUGCGGCCGGAAUUAGUCGAUCCGAAUUUCAAGGAACCAAUUGCCAAUGUAACUGCUCCAGUUGGAAGAGAAGCAAUUUUGUCUUGCGUGGUUCAAGAUUUAGCUGAAUACAAAGUGGCAUGGCUGCGCGUGGAUACCCAAACGAUAUUGACGAUAGCCAGUCACGUUAUCACGAAGAACCAUCGAAUAGCAGUGUCUCACAGCGAUCACCGAACGUGGUUCCUUCAUAUACGAGAGGUGAAAGAAUCCGACAGGGGAUGGUACAUGUGCCAGAUUAACACGGAUCCGAUGAAGAGUCAAACCGGCUACCUCGAGGUUGUGGUUCCGCCGAAUAUUCUGGACUACCCAACCAGCACCGACAUGGUGGUGCCGGAAAACAGUAAAGUGACUUUACACUGCGAAGCGACAGGAUCACCGGCGCCAAACAUCAUGUGGCGGCGCGAGGAUAACAAGUCGAUACUCCUGGGAAACGGGACGAAUGUUAUCUCUGUGGAGGGGCCAAAUUUCAAUAUAUCGAAGGUCGAUCGAUCGCACAUGGGUUUCUACCUUUGCAUCGCGACCAACGGAGUGCCACCAUCGGUCAGCAAAAGAAUCAUGCUCACCGUCCAAUUUCCGCCCAUGAUUUGGGUGCAGAAUCAAUUGGUGGGCGCCCAGGAGGGACAACAGUUGACUCUCGAGUGCCUCUCAGAGGCUUAUCCCAAAUCCAUCAAUUAUUGGACAAGGGAUAAGGACGAAAUAGUUCCGCAAGGGGGGAAAUACGAACCCACAUUGGUGGACAACGCGUACAAAGUUCACAUGAAGUUGACGAUAAAUUCGGUCGGUCCGUCAGAUUUUGGAUCGUACAAAUGCGUGUCUAGAAACGCAUUGGGGGACACCGAUGGCACCAUCAAAGUUUAUCCAAUCGCGUCCUCGAAUUCUACGGGAAGUACGACAAGAUACAAAGGUAAACUGAGGCAUAAUUCGGGAAACGAUAUUUUCGAAGGGAAUCAAGAUAUGUUGAAAGAAAGAGAUCUGAAGUUACGUGGCCGGAAAGAAACGAGCGGAAACGAGGAGGACGAUUACGAGGAUUCAGGCGCUGCGUCGAGCAAGAACUCUUUCAGCUUGAUUUUCGUCUUGGCCACAUUCUCCAUUUACCUCCGCCAUCAUCACCCUCAGUUAAGAACGUUGCAUCCGGCUUGAGGAUCGGCCCGCGUGCCGGCCAAUCAUCAUCGGAUCCUCCUUUCGAUCGCGAGCCAUCGAAAAUUUGUAAAUCCACUUAAAAACCCAUCGUCGCUCAGGGACUCUAUAUUUCGAGGAUAAAAAUUUAUCAUCGAAUCAUCAUCCACGCUACACGACUCAUCACAAUUGUAUUAUAAAAAGAAAGACAUUAAUUACUAUUACUAUUAUCAUUAUCAUUAUCAUUAUCAUUAUUAUUAUUUGUAUUAUUAUUAUUAUUAUUAUUAUUAUUAUUAUUAUUAUUAUUAUUAUUAUCACCAUUGUCAUUGUGUAACGAUACUAGCUAAAUCGUAAGUAUAAAGGAAAAAAAGAUAAAAAGAAAAAAAAAAAAAAAAGAAAAAGAAACUGUAAUUUCCUAGAGUUAAAGAUGAAAAUAGUCGUUUUUCAUCAUGGCGGACGUUACGUGGCGAGCAAUAAAUAAUAGAAGAUCCUUUUCUGGAAUUGAAUUUAAUAGGUGUGCAACGAGAGUCUGGAUCAUGCUCAAAUGGUGAAUGAUAUUUCGAGCUAGUCAAUAUUGAUUUUUAUUCGUUGCUUUUGCUCGAUCAUGCUUUGCGUAUGUAGGUAUGUAGUUUAAGAGUGUUUUAUACGUUCACCUUUAUUUUUUAAUUUAAAAGUAUAAUAGAUACUUUUUUAGUCAUAUUUCGGUGUUAUUUAUAUUAUAGGCAUUAUUUAAUAAUUGAUGAUUGGGUAUGAUUAAUUAAUUAAUUAAUUUAUUUCUUUAUUUAUUUAUCAAAUUCCUUAUUUUUUUAUAUUUUAAAUGGUGCAGAAAGGUAUCACGAAAAAAUGAAGAUAAUAAUAAAGAGGAUACAAAGACAGGGAUUAUGUCUAAAAUUUGUAAAUUAUUUACAAACUUUUUAUCAGAAUUUUAAUAACGUUUAAAUAUCAUCGAAGCCAAACAGGCUUUCUCGAAAUAAAAAAAUCAAAUCAUUCGUUCAGGUAUAUAUAUAUAUAUACAUAUAUAUAUUUUUAACUAGACAAUAUAACUAUAACUCACUUUUUUGCUUUUUUUUUUAUAAAAUAGUUACUAAUCCUAGUUUUUUUUUUUCUCUCAUUUUCGACUCUAGAUGAAAAGAUCGUUAAGGUAUAUACAUAUAGAGAUCUAGUUAGAAUCGAGUAUUAUAAAUAAUAGCAAGCGCUUGAUAAAUAGCAGCAAGAGCCUCGAUGGAAGCCUCCAGUGAUUCGUAUUCGUACCAAUGGAAACGUGUAUCGAACGAGUAUCGAUAUGCAUUCGUGUUCAUAUACAUAUAUACGAUCGACAUAUAUAUGUAUAUUAUAUAUGAUUAUACAUAAAAUACAUAUAAUGUAUAUGUAUAGGAUAUGUGUAUAUAAUAUGACUAUACAUAGUACUUUAGAUUAUAGUGGUAUUCAAAGACUGAGAGUAUCGUUUCGACGCUCUUGAACUGCAUUAAUAAAUAAUGAUAAUAUAAAAAUGGCGGCUGAAUAUAACCCGAUAAAGAUCAUGGAUCAGUGAAGAAUAGAAUCCUUUCUUUUUUUGUGACAUAACGUGUGCAACAAAAAUUGUAUAACGAGUUUUACGAGUUUUCGAAGUAUAUAUGUGAAAAUUUAUUGAGGGGAUGUGCUGAUUUGGAGGAUCAUAGUUGAAAUCAGAAAUUAUAGAAUUAGAAUAGAGUUUAUGUAAAUCAGCUCGUUUCGACGCAAUGUAUUUUCACUAUUGAUAUUUUCACUAUGAGAUGUGAAAUAUUUUGUAAAAUUUUUUCAAGAAAAGCCUAAGCACCACCACACUUUUCGUUCUAUCCAGAAAAUUUUUAAAAAAAAUUUUAAAGAUCUCACGAAGCAGAUAUUUUUAAAAUUCAAAUUUUUAUUUUUACUUGAUCAAAAAGAUUUCCAAAUAAUCCUCUAAACCAGUAUCAUUUCUUUGAUACUCGUUGAUCGAUUGUGAAAUUAAAUAAAAUUCUUCGUUUCGUUUUCUACUGAUUCUAUCGUUCGAAAUUAAAUAUGAACGAUUUCAAAGUGUAUAUGCAAGUGCGUUAAUAAAUUUUUGUAACAAAGUUUCUGUCUGGGAAGAUUUAGAAAUCUCAGAUUGAACAAAGAAAAGUCAUUGACUUUUACUAUAUAGUUUAUAAAUAUAUAAUACGAGUCGAAUGUAAAUUGAAACUUAUAGGCUUAAUUAAAUAUAGAUUUUAUUAAAAAAAAAAAAAAAAAAAAAAAA